ACCGCGAUCCUUCGAGGUCUUUUGAUGAUUUUAUGUCGACCACUAGAAGACUCCUGUCUCGCACUCGUACCUUCUUCGGCUGCGUGGAGGGCAAGGGCAUCGUGUUCUUCCCCGCUCCUUCCCGAGUAUCCGAUUUUGCUGCUUGUGGCAUUCCAGCUGAAAUGGCUGCACAUAAAAUUGCGCACGCCACCUUGAGAGGACCCAGUGUGGUCAAGGAGAUCUGCAUAGGCAUUACACUGGGUCUCUUUGCUGGAAGUCUGUGGAAGAUGCAUCACUGGAACGAGCAGAGGAAGACAAGAGCAUUUUAUGACAUGCUAGAGAAGGGUGAGAUCAGUGUUGUCGUUGAAGAGUAGCUGCUUCAGUUGUUCUGUGUGCAGUGAUUCUUGCUUUGGUAUCUUGAACAAUGUAAGAACAUGGUUUGAGUUAGCUUGCACUGCUAUCAGUUCAUGUUAAUAAGCUCAGUUACUGAGAGUUGACAGCGUGUCUUUUCUGAUGCAAAACACUAUUCAUGUCUUUCAGAAAUCUUCUGUAGUUGUGUAUUACCAUCCCUAUAUUUUGGAAUCAGGUGUAACAUCUUAUUUUACGUAGGAAAAUGGGAUGAACUUGCAGCCACACUCCCCGCACUUUAUUCUGAUAUUCGGCAUUGUGCCACUUUUUUA